AUGGAGGCUGCCGUGGUGAGCUCCACCGAGGGCGUCCUGCGGAUCCUCCUCGGCAAGCUCGGCGCCGUCCUCGCCGAGAAGUACGUGCUGCUCAGCGGCGUCGGCCGGGAGAUCCAGGAGCUCAAGGAGGACCUCGAGAUCAUGAACGCCUGCCUCCGCGACCUCGCCGCCGGCAGCGAACAUCACCACAGCGAGCAGACAGCGACAUGGAUGAAACAAGUCAGGGAGGUGGCUUAUGAUGCGGAGGACUGUAUUGACAUCUUCUGGUAUCACAACGGCCACCGGCAUUGUAACCAUAAUCCCAUUUCGGGCUGGCUACGCAAGAUAAUUCACCCCCUGAAGACAUUGAGAGCUAUGCACAACCUGGCCAUCGAGAUCCGAGAACUCAAAGCCCGUGCGCUGAAAGUGAGCGAGCGGAGGCUGAGGUACAGGGUGCAAGCAGCAUUUGGAGGUGCAAGUGAUGCAUAUGCAGCUGGCCGUUCUUCUCCUGAACAUAAUCAUCUUGAGCGCCAGUUGGCUGGACUCAACAUCGAUGAAUGCCGGCUCGUAGGGGUGGCCGAGAAGACCGAAUCAGUCAUCAAGUUGCUGGAGGAUGGUAACUCGGCUCAUCUCAAAGUUGUCCCCAUUGUUGGUUUUGGUGGCCUGGGCAAGACAACUCUUGCAGUGACGGUUUACAAGAGCCCAACAAUGAAGGGGAUCCAGACUCGGGCAUUCCUAACAGUGUCCCAGCAUUACGAUCUUCGCAUACUACUAGAAUCUUUAUUGAGGCAGCUCAUCCUAAUAUCCUUGAUAGAUCUAACCUGCUCUAGGGAAGAAACCUUUAAAGAUCCCCUCAGAGGCAUUGAAACCUGGCACAUAUCUGAAAUCAUUGGAAGAUGCAGAACCCAUUUGGAGGACAAAAGGUACUUAAUUGUUCUGGAUGAUCUGUGGAGUACAAAGGAUUGGGCAAACUUGAAGGUGGCUUUUCCUGAUAAUGACAAGCAAAGUAGAAUAUUAAUUACUACACGGAAUCAGUAUGUUGCUGAAAGUUGCUGCUCUGAUCCCCAUGAUCUUAUUUACAACAUGGAGCCUCUACCCUUUGAAGAAUCUAAGAAGCUAUUCUAUAAGAAAGUGUUUAAAUUGGAUAGGUGUCCUCCAGUAUAUCAUGAUUUGGAGGUAAUCUCUGACAACAUACUGAAAAAAUGCAGUGGUUUGCCUCUAGCCAUAGUUAGCAUCGGAGGAAUGCUAGCUCGAACGAAAAAUAAGACAAGGGCAGAAUGGGAAAAGGUGUGUGAUAGAUUGGGUUCUGGGUUAGAAACAAGUGCCACAAUGGGAGGAAUGAGAAGGAUACUCUCUCUUGGCUACCAUGAUUUGCCCUACAGUUUGAAGGCUUGCUUCUUAUAUCUGAGUGUUUUCCCUGAGGACUACGAGAUCAAGAGAGGAGCCCUAGUUAGACGAUGGGCAGCUGAAGGUUUCAUCAGUGGAAUGCACGAAACAAAUUUGGAGGAGGUUGCAGCGAAGUAUCUUGAUGAAUUCGUGAGUAGAAGCAUUGUUACACCAACCCGCAUUGCUAGCACUGGUUUGGUCAGGAGCUGUAGGGUUCAUGACAUAAUGCUGGAAGUUAUCACCUCCAAAUCCAUCCAAGAAAACUUCAUCUCGUUUGUGGGGAAGCAACAGUACAGCACAACAGGGCAUGACAAGAUCCGGCGACUUUCAAUCCAGGCCGAUGGAAAUUGCAGCCAUAAAGAGCAAGAGAAUCACAACACAAACUUUUCCCAUGCCCGUUCUCUGUUAAUUCUGCGCUGCAGCGAGAAGCCAUUUCCCAUCAGCUUUACUCACCUUAAACUGCUGAGGGUGCUAGACCUCGAAGGUUGUUGGUGGCUGAGUAAUGAAGACUUGAAGGAGAUCUGUAAAAUGUCUCUCCUGAGGUACCUCUGCCUUAGAAGAACAAAUGUUUCGCAGCUGCCAAAGCUAGUAGGGAGACUGAAAGAACUGGUGACUUUGGAUGUGAGGGAAACUUCCAUUAGGGAAUUACCUGAAACUGCUACUCAGCUGGGAAAUCUGAAGCAUCUAUUUGGCGGCAGGUAUAGACACUAUACCAGGAUCAGUCGAGUAAAGCUUUUUGAGCCACAUGAAGCCCUGAUGAUACCGCGUGGCUUGAAGAAGAUGAAAUCCAUUCAAAAGAUUGCCCAUGUAGACAUUGCAUCCAGCUCCCACGUGAUGCAAGAGUUGGGUGCGCUGUCCGAAUUAACCAAGCUUUGUGCUAUAAACUCUGAGUAUGGAGGAGAAAAAUGGAAGCCUUUUGCUGCCUCGUUGAACAUGCUGUGCAAGUCCCUUAGGCACCUGUCCAUCAUCCACUGGCGCAACAAGGAUAUGGGACUUGAAAUCUUUCUGGAGCUAAAUUCACCACCCAUCUUCCUUGAACAGCUCUACUUGUGGGGCAGGUUAAGCGUCCUGCCUCCAUGGAUUUUAUCCCUCAGCUACUUAAUUGAGCUAUCGCUCCGGGAGAAUUUUUUUGAUGGGGAACUGUUGAGGCAACUGGGGAAGCUUCCAAGUCUUGUAUCUCUCAAACUCUACCAUGAAUCAUUCGUGGGAACAACGCUCUGCUUCGAACAAAAUCUAUUUCCCAGGUUGAAGCAGCUGAUUGUAGACAAUGCCCCAAACCUCGAUGAGCUCAGAUUUGAUGGAGGUGCCCCUAAUCUGGAGAUGCUCACGCUGGCUUUUGAAAGAGAGCCUGCAAAAGGUAUUUUCGGCAUUGAGAACCUCCCAAGACUCAAGGAGGUUGAGUUCUUCGGCGCAAUUAUUUUUGAUUCCCUAGUGGAGGGAAUGAUAGCUGAGGCCAAGAUACAUCCUAACAGACCAAGAGUUUAUAGAGAAAAUUGCUAG